UAAUAAGACCUGAGGCAUAUGUGAAGUGGAGAUUUAGUUUGGAUGAAGAUGUGGCCCUAUUAAGAGCUAGAGAGUGGUUGUUUGAUUCAAAUCUUAUCCAAGAGGCUUUUGGGGGAACAAAGAAGAAAGACAAGGGUGGAAUGGAUGAGCUUUUGACAAAUGACAGUGGGAUUCUAGAUCGAGAGAUUACAUUAUCAAAUUUUAAAUUUAAAAUAUGGGAGAGGUACAAAUUCCAAACAUAUAGAGACACACAACAUACGUUUUCUACUACUAGUAUAAAAUAAAAAUAUAACACAUUUAUAACUUUAUUAAUUAGAUACACGCAAUAUUGGUAAUUGUAUGAAAAAUAAAAACGGUGAGUAUUAAAAUGAUAGUUACCCUUUGGUUUAAUAAGUUCGGAGGUCCUUAUAUUUGAGGGUUUGUUUCAAUUGGGUCCUCCAAUUUUGGAAGUGAUCAAUUGGGUCUCUGAUUUGAUCAAUUUAAUUCAAUAAGAGUCUUUCCGUUAAAUGCAGUUAACGACAUUAACUUUUUUUACAUGUGUGAAACUGAGACAUCUAAGUGGCACCGUUGGACUGUGUAAGUCAAUAAUUUAAUAUGUUUAGUUUAAAUAAUAUUAAAUAUAGGUUUGUAAGUGGGAAGAGUGGUGGGAAGAGGAAGUGGAAAUGGCGACGACAACUUACUUCUUGUGUCCGUCUCCGACGAGUUUCAAAGGCACUGAGAUGCCGAUAGCAAGAUUCAGAUGCUGCAGCAACAGCAACGACAACAACAACAGUGUCUCGCUCAAUACUCGAACGGAGCCCGAACCCGUAACCACAUUCAUUAAAGCGUUUGCUCCUGCCACUGUCGCCAAUCUCGGUCUCGGCUUCGACUUCCUAAGUUGCGCCGUCGAUGGGAUGGGGGACAUUGUCUCUGUCAGGGUCGACCCACAGGUUCACCCAGGCGAGAUACGCAUCUCCGACAUCACCGGCCACGCUCCCGAUAAGCUCAGCAAAAACCCUCUUUGGAACUGCAUUGGCAUCGCCGCCAUCGAAGUCAUGAAAAUGCUCUCCAUUCGAUCCGUCAGCCUCUCGCUCUCCCUACAGAAGGGCUUGCCUUUGGGAAGCGGUCCGGGAUCGAAAGGUUUCUUUGAAUCGGGUCUCUGUGUGAUGAUUGUUGGUCCUUUGCUUUUUUUGAUUGCAGGUGGUCGUGCGAUGGAGGAUGAUGCGAUUUUGAGUUUUGUCACCAUGUUGCUGGAAAGGUGGUCGUGGUGGCAAUGCGACAUGGUGGUGCUUUGUGGUGCGACGCCGAUUUGGGCUGAUGAUGCGCACAGAUGGGUUCGAUUUUGGGUUCCUCUGGAUUUGCAGAUCUGGCGCAGAAGAAUGGCGAUCCUGGACAACUCUGCGACAACGGCUUGGCGAGUGAUUUGUGAGGAUGGAGGCGCAUGGAUGUUGGGUGAUGGUGGCUACCGGCGAUGGCGGCGUGGUCGCUUAUGGCGUGGUCACGCGAUGAUGAUGAAUCCCCCAACCAUUCUUUAGAUCUGGAAAGUACAUGUGUCGAAUCAUCGUGAUGCUAUCAAACCCACUUCAUUGUUGUUUGAUUCUUUUCUUGUUUUGAUUUCUUAUGCCAGCAAAGUCAGUGAUCAAAUCCGAUGACCCAAAUUGGUUUUUCUUCAGUUCUGUGGAUCACUUGGAAGGAUUAUGAUUUGUUGCUGUUGUUGGGUGUUGUUUAGAUAUGUUUUGUCAUAACACUAUGAAUCCCAUGUUUUUAAUUUCGUCAGUCUCUGGUCAUGACCUAAUUUUCUCCAUUUGGCCUUGUUUUGAUGAUGACGAAAGAGGCAUUUGGAGCUUCUGGAGGUGGCGUUGUUGCUCUUCCAAACCGACAACAUCUUCCCAAUCGCCGAUGAAGGUCACACCACCAACACUAGCCGGAACAACGAAAUCUACAGUUGUUUGGGAUCUCGCCAUGGAAGCAGAUUUCGUCUCUAACAGAAACUCAUGGGUGUUAUAUUCUGAAUAAAAUCACCGGAAUUGACCUUCGUUUGUCCAUGAAGACCAUAACUAAACCCAAUAAAAUGAACUCAUAUCCACAAAUUUUCAUCCUUUUUCUCUAACAUACAGAAACCAAUUCAAAAGCCCAAAACAAACCCAUUCCUCCUAACAACAGGCUUAACAAAAAUGAGAGAUGGGAGGCACGAGAGGUGCGCCAGACAAUUGGAUUGAGGGAUGGGCGUGGAUGUAGAUGUUGAAAAAGUGGGUGUGGAAGGGUGAGAAGAUUUCCUAGAGAGGAGAGAAGGUGAGGAAGAGGAAGGGGGUGAAGGUUUCCACACGAUAAUAUUUUACUAUGCCACGUGUGAUUAAAUGCCAGAUCACCAUGUUAUAAGACAAAAAAUUUAACACGGUCUACUAAAAUUAACGGAAAGACUCUUAUUGAAUCAAAUUGACCAAAUUAGGAACCCAAUUGAUCACUUUCAAAAUUGAAAGACCCAAUUGAAACAAACCCUCAAAUAUAAGGACCUCCAAACCUAUUAAACCUUACCCUUUUAAGGGGUUAUGUUAUCUAUAACUUUAAAUUUGAUCAAUGAU